AUGUCCGUGAACAUGGACGAGCUCAAGCACCAGGUUAUGAUCAACCAGUUCGUGCUGACGGCCGGCUGCGCGGCCGACCAGGCGAAGCAGUUGCUGCAGGCGGCCCACUGGCAGUUCGAGACGGCCCUCAGCGCCUUUUUCCAAGAGACCAACAUCCCCUACAGCCACCAUCACCACCAGAUGAUGUGCACUCCCGCCAACACCCCCGCCACGCCCCCAAACUUCCCCGACGCCCUCACCAUGUUCUCCCGCCUCAAGGCCUCCGAGAGCUUCCACAGCGGAGGCAGCGGCAGCCCGAUGGCCGCCACGUCGCCGCCGCCGCACUUCCCGCUCACCGCCACCGGCAGCUUCGCGGCACCCGGCUGGCCGACCGCGGCCUCACCCCCAGGGGGCGCACAGCACCACCAGCCGCCACAGCCGCCCCUGUGGACUCCGGCCCCCCCUUCCCCGGCGUCAGACUGGCCGCCACUGGCCCCCCAACAGGCCGCCUCAGAACCCAGGGCCCACCCCGCCAUGGAGGCCGAGAGAUAA